AUGGUACCAAAUAAAUCAAACAAAACUACAAGAAGAAACAGAAAGAACUUGGUCAUUCACCAGUACAUACCGUCACCUCCAAGUACAAAAGAUCAAGAAGGUGAGAAAUUUGUCCCUACGGUCAGCUCGUCGGGUUCUCUAGAUAGCUUAACAUACUACAAAAAAACUAGUACUACUUCAAGAGGAUCAUACUUAGUUAAAAAGGUUAUAGUUCUGUCCAUACCAAUUAAUUGUGCAAUUUUAUUAUUGUACCUUUUGGACAUCAAUGGAUUUAAUACGCCAAAGGUUUGCAGCUCCUGUAAGACCAAGUACCUAAGAUAUUUCCUAAAUGCCAACGACAGACCUAUCCUUUCAAUAUUAGUUUGCAACAGCUAUAAUGUUUUCUGGAAUAGAGAUAUCAUGGCUGGAAAAAACAUGUACUAUAUUGUGCAGGAAAUUUGGAGUGGAAAUUAUAGGCUAGAAAUAUUCAUUCCUCAACCAAGAUCAAGAACAACAGCAACAAGAACAACAGCAACACAAAGCGUCACAAUGAACGUGGUUGUUCCUCACUCUAGUGGGCGAACUUAA